AUGGAUAGUUUAAGAAGAAAAGCAAGAGGAAAGAUUCGUAUAAAAUUAUCAAAGAAGAUGCAAGUGCUCUUUUUAGCUAGAGUCCCUAAAAGAAAAGUAUUGACUAUUAAAAUGAGGAUUCUCAAAUAAGAAGUAAUUAUCGAAGUAAUAAGACUAAUCUAGAUAUCUUAUCAUUAGGGUUAGCGUUUUCGCGACCUCGAAGGCAAAUUAAGAAACCCACGUUUUUCUAAUUAUGAGAAAGGUUUGAAUACAGACAGUGGAUAUUAGCUAAUAGAGUGUGUUAAGUAUGGCAAGACUAACGAGUAAAAAAUGAAAGUAUAUGUUACAACGACUGCGUUAUUGCAGAUUCAGAUUCACUGUCAUGUUCUUAAAAAAGAGAUAAUAGGAUUUGUAGGAGGCUAUAACUUUUUAAACGAAAGGAAAAAGACUCAGACUCUAGUUAUUACUGAGGCAUAUCCUGGUGAUCCAACUUCUUUCAAUUAGUUGACUGCCGAAGAAUAAAAGGAUUUAGAGAGGAAUGUGGAAAUAUCCCCUGAAUCUUAUCACCCUUUUUUUGAACCUUCACCUAGCUAAGUUGAUAUUGAGAAUCAUUCAAAUCAUUAAAGAGAGUUCUCAAAAUCUAAGAUGCCUUACAUAGGUAUAAUUGCUGCUCCCUUUAAUAAUCCAAAUCAUAAGAAACGGUUGUCAAAAUCGAAGUAAGAUUAGUUGUCUUAGUCUGAUUCAAAUAUUGAGUCUCAGAAUUCUUAAGAGUCAGAUAAUCAAUCUCAGCAGCGCUAAAUUGAGAGUUUUAAAUAGCUCCUUUAACUAAAAUUAUUCCAUAAUGAUGAUGAAGAUGAAGCAAUGCCUUAUGAGUUAGAUUACUAAAUCCUACAAGAAAAAUAUAUUAAGAAGAGGAUAAUGGCUAAAAUAUUUCGAACUUUUGACAACUAAAUUGAGUAGGAGUCAAAGACAUUGAUUCCAUUCAAUGAGCCACUCUUUAUCAAUCAAGCUAAUAGAAACGAAUAAAUGAUUACAAAAGGAGAAAAGUUGAUGAAAGUUAUUACUGAUACUUUGACAUUGAACAAAAAAUUAGUUAAUGAUCAGGAUAUAGAUUAUAAAGAUUUCAGCAAAGUUUUUAGAAAUAAACUAAGGAGAGAUGGUUCUGUUAUUCCAGUCAUAAUGAAUGAAUAAUAAGUGCUAGAAAAACAAAAACGACCUUCAAAGACUAUAGAUAUUACAAAUUUAAUUGAGAUUUAAAGUUUUGAGAAGCGAAUAAAGGAACUUAUUAAGAAGUAAGUAGAUAAAAGGAAGUAAAUCAAGUAAAAGUUAAACUAAAAGAGAAUGAUUGCACAAACAACCCAAUAAAAUUCAAAGGUAGAGGAGUGUAAUAGUAUUUCGAGUUUCAGUGAUGUUGUUAGCAGUAGUUCCAGUAGAGAAGAUCUCAGUGAAAUAUCGGAUGCAAACGAGAAUUACACUAGUCCAAGUCCAAGCUCAGAAUCAAUUAAAGAUUCAAAAAGCAAAAAUAAAUCAAAUCAAGAAACUCAAAAAAAAGAGAGUUUUCCUGCGGACUAUUGUUUCUCAGAUGAAGAUUCAAUUUAGCAUGAUAAGGUAGCUCAAAUAAGAAAAGACCAGUUUCAAAACACAAAUAAUAGAUAGUCGGAAAUAAAUUUUGAUCCUGGCCCAAUUGAGUGUCUCAAUGAGGAAUACGAGCUAAUGGAUCUAUAGGUUUAUAAGCCAUUGAAGAAAGAUCUAACAAACAAGUCAAAAGAAACUACUUACAUUAUUGAUAGUCUAAAAGAUUAAGAAAGUAGCUGCCUAAACAAUUUUCAAUCAGAUUCAAAGUAAAACAGUUAAAAAGAAGUUAAGGUGAGUAGCAAGAGAACUUAGCUUAAUGUUGAAAAGUAGCCUUGGAGGAAAGUAAUAUAUCCCAUAGAUAUGCUAGAUACCAAAAGACAUAUGGAGUUAUACAAUCAGCAUUUAUUGCAAGAAAAGAUGACUUAAGAAUUAGCGAAGGCAAGCUGCGAGAAAAGGUCUUAGUUCCUGAAUAAUAUAGACAAUAAUCAAACAGAUGACAGUAUAGAUUAGUCAAAGUAGCCUGACUAAUGA